UUACGUUUCUAUUGGGGAGAUCUUUGGUGGAAGCUAGAGGACGGGCGUGGUUGGAAGGAGUUUUAAGGCAAUGGCAGGGGGUGGCUUUGUUGGUGGCGAGGCAGGAAAGAGAGCAGAAUUUUAUGAGGGGAAGAUCACGGGUUAUUUCAUCCUGGCUUGCAUCAUUGGAUCGCUUGGAGGAUCCCUUUUUGGAUAUGACCUUGGUGUCUCUGGUGGAGUAACUUCCAUGGAUGAUUUCUUGAAGGAAUUCUUCCCAGGUGUAUACAAAAGGAAGCAGGAACACCUAAAUGAAACCGACUACUGUAAAUAUGAUGACCAGCUGCUCACUCUCUUCACAUCCUCCCUAUAUUUCGCUGGCCUCAUCUCCACCUUUGGAGCCUCACCUGUGACCAGAAAAUAUGGAAGAAGGGCCAGCAUCAUGGUUGGUGGAGCCAGCUUCUUCCUUGGUGGAGCCAUCAAUGCAGCAGCCAUUAACGUUGCCAUGCUGAUCAUUGGCAGGAUUCUUCUCGGAGUUGGCAUUGGAUUCGGAAAUCAGGCAGUUCCACUCUAUCUUUGUGAGAUAGCACCCUAUAAAAUCCGAGGGGCAGUCAACCAACUAUUUCAACUAACAACCUGCUUGGGGAUUUUGAUUGCCGAUGUUAUCAACUACUUCACAGAGAAGCUCCACCCAUGGGGAUGGAGAUUAUCCCUUGGUUUGGCGGUGGUGCCUGCGACUCUAAUGGUUGUUGGUGGUCUUUUCCUUCCUGAGACUCCAAACAGCCUCGUGGAACAAGGUAGGCUGGAUGAAGCAAGGAAUAUCUUAGAGAAAGUAAGGGGUACCACGAAGGUGGAGGCAGAAUUGGAGGACCUAGUGGAGGCAAGUGAAGCUGCAAGAGCGGUGAAACACCCUUUUAAGAACCUUUUGAAACCAAGGAACCGUCCACAGCUUGUGAUUGGAGCGCUUGGGAUCCCCGCAUUCCAGCAGCUCACUGGCAUGAAUUCCAUACUGUUCUAUUCACCCGUAAUCUUCCAAAGUUUGGGUUUUGGGUCUGCGGCUUCCCUGUACUCAUCAAUUAUAACCAGUGCAAUGCUACUGAUUGGUGCACUUGUCUCAAUGGCAGUGGUUGAUAGGUUUGGAAGGAAGUUCCUAUACAUAGAAGGUGGCAUUCAGAUGAUUAUUUCUAUGGUGAUUGUCGCUGUCACUCUUGCACUGACAUUUGGUCAUGGAGAGAUGCUUCCCAAAAAUGUAGCUGUCCUUCUAGUGAUUGCAAUAUGUGCAUUUGUAGUGGCAUAUGGCUGGUCAUGGGGGCCUCUUUCCUGGUUGGUUCCAAGUGAGAUCUUCCCCCUGGAGACAAGAUCAGCAGGACAAAGCCUGGUGGUUUGUGUCAACCUCUUCUUCACCGCUGCAGUAGCGCAAUGCUUCCUUCUUUCAUUGUGCCACCUCAGAUACGGAGUCUUCAUCCUUUUUGCCAGCCUUAUCGCCGUUAUGACCUUUUUUAUCAUCUUUCUUCUGCCUGAAACAAAGCAAGUGCCAAUAGAGGAGAUGUCUCAACUGUGGGAGAAGCACUGGUAUUGGAAGAAGAUUGUAGGCGGUCCUGAUAUAGAUAGGGAAGUCGUUAUACAGCAUCAACACCCAUAAUAAAGAACUAUAUUCCUUGCCUUCCUUUUAUCCAUUCUCUCUAGUCUGUGGAAGCUGCAUCACCAAUAAACAUUAAACAAAGUCUUUUUCUUCUAUUUUCAGUUUAGGAUAGUACUUCUGUAGAAAAAACUUGGACAGAUUACCUUGCAAAUAGGGAUAGUAACAAUGAAGAAGAGAAAUAUUGUUUUUAUUGCAUUGAUCUCUCUGCAAUUUGUAGUUGAUGUAUUG